GCAGGAAUGGGGAGGGCAAGAAGUUAAAGAGUCCACCUCUGAGCCAUUGUUCUAGUUCUGGAGUUCUGGAGACGGGUCGGGACGCGGCUGCUGCGCUGCUGGUACCGGACGGCGGUCUGUCGUUAUGACGGGCUCCGGUCCGAAGCUGGGCGUCUUGCUGCUUGUGGCGGUUCUGCUGCAGACGGUGGUCGUCACCAUCACGGUGCUGCACUUCACCUCGGCUCUGAACUCGAUGAAAGAGACGUUCGCCAGGAGCAGCGUUUCCUGUCUGACAGGCUCCGACCUGCAGAGCAUCACGGCUGUACGGGGAGAUCCAUGCUGGCAGGUGACCCAGCAGCUCCACCUGCUCAUCGAAAAGUCUCUGUCUCAGCGCUACCAGAGGCGGAUUUCAUCAGCAGUGAGAGAUGAAGUGUCCCGUGUGUUGCCCUCAAUAGUGAUGGAGGACAGGGCUUCACCUCGCCCCAAAGUUGCCGCUCAUGUCACGGGAAGUUUUGUGCCCAAACUGGAGCGAGACGGAGGAGUUUCAGCUGCAGUUCCUGCAGGGCGACGCGUUCAGGGCCAGAAGAUUUCGUGGUGGGAGGGUCAGAAGGGCCUGGCGUUCCUGCAGGACGUCCAGCUGCUGGAUGGGGAGCUGGUGGUGUCUCAUCCUGGCCUCUACUACGUCUACGCCCAGACGUACUUCAGGCACACCCACUCCCUGGAGGAGAACAGCGAGGAGGCGGGGGACCGGGGGAAACCCCUGCUGCAGUACGUCUACAAAAAGGUGAACUCCUACCCGGUUCCCAUCCUGCUGAUGAAGACCAGCCGGACCUCCUGCUGGUCCCGUGGUUCCGACUUCUCUCUGCACUCCGCCCACCAGGGGGGGCUGUUCCCGCUCACCACCGGCGACCGCCUGUUCGUGACGGUGACCAACGCCUCUGCUGUGGAUAUGGACGAGAAGAGCAGCUUCUUCGGAGCGUUUCUCAUCAGUUAGAGGGCCGAUUGAUGCUGAUCGGAGCUGAUCGAUGCCGAUCGAUGCCGAUCGAAGCCGAUUGGAGCCGAUCGAGGUUUUCUUAAAAUCGAUCAAACUGCUGCAAGCGUCAGACUCUCCUGAGGAAAUUCCUCUUUUGUUGUACGGGAUCAAAAACUGAACAAAAUUUUGAUAACACUGGUUGGCAGAAGAGACUAAAAUGGUAGUUUGGAGCGUGGGUAAAGUGAGACCGGACUCAGCAGUUUCUGCUCUGCAAAGUCAAAAUCUGAAGAACUUUUCUGGUCUGAUCAGGUCCAGAACCGAUUUACACAGAAACUGAAUGACUUCUGCUUCAAAUACCUUUAAAAAACCUGCUAUUUCAAUAAAUAUUACAGUAAAUAUUUAUAUUUUUACCCCGUAAACACUUUAGACAUCUGAGCCUGGGUUUAUUUUAAAUUAUAUUAAAAAAAUGUCUUUGUGCCGUCUGGCAGAUUAAAAGAAUUAUGUAAGGAUGGUUAAUUUGAAAAUAGCACUUACAACUGAUAUAAAAUAGAAUUUUAAAUAUGAAAAAUAAUGUAAUUAGUUAUAAUUGGAUAUAAGUCCAACCACCAGAUGGCGGUAAAGUGCUUCAUUAAAAUCGCAAACAAAUAGGGAGCAAUUUCACAUUUGACCACCAGGUGGUGCUGUUUAGUCCUGAUUUCUGGGGACUAGAGGAAAUAAUGUGCUACUGUCGUUUAAAGAUGACUUACAAACAUUACACAUUACAACAAACAAAAGGAGAAGAAUUAUAUUUAGGAUCUUAUCACUUAUAUAAAUUCAUCCUUUACAGAAGGAAGAUCUAAAUUUAACAGGCAAAAUAAAAAUCAAUUUAAACUGAAACAUAAACUACUUCACUUUUAUUUGUCUAGUCUAUCUGACAUUGUUUCCAAAAAUAUCUUCAUGACUCUCAAUGCUUAGUAACACUUUCACUCAAAAAUAUGGCAAAUAAAAAGCAGGGCACAUGUGCACAAAAUAUAACAAUUUAAAAAAGUUUAGACCAAAAUAUCUGUCAUUUUAUAAUGUGUUUACUUCCAGAUCUUUUUUGUUUUUUUCUCAUUUUUGUUUCAUUUAAACAAACUUCUUUGUACCAUCUGAGGACAAUGAAAAUGUGCACUGUAAAAACGCAAAGUUUUACCUGUAUUUUUGUUUAGUUUCUAGUGCAAAUAAUACACUUAAAAUAAAAUAAAGCAAAACUAACUUACAAG